AUGAACGGAGUCACAGAGAUCGCAGGCAAUGGAGCCAUAAGGCUCACAACAGACACACAGCGCGUGAUCGGUCACGCCUUCUACUCUCUCCCAAUCCGGUUCAAGCCAACCGGUCUAAACCGAGCUCUGUCUUUCUCCACAUCCUUCGCAAUCGCCAUGGUUCCAGAGUUCGUCACUCUAGGAGGCCACGGACUUGCCUUCGCCAUCACGCCAUCUCCAUACCUCACAGGUUCUCUUCCUAGCCAGUACAUGGGACUUUUGAGCUCGAGCCGAGUCAACAUCUCGAGCCACUUCUUCGCCGUGGAAUUCGAUACUGUCAGGGAUUUGGACUUUGACGACAUCAAUGAUAACCAUGUAGGAAUCGAUAUCAACGGUUUGGAAUCAAGUGCUUCGACUCCUGCUGGCUAUUUUCUACCUAACUCAACCAAGAAAGAGCUUUUCCUCGAUGGUGGUAGAGUGAUUCAAGCUUGGAUUGAUUAUGACUCAAACAAGAAAAGGUUAGAUGUUAAGAUCUCUCCCUUCUCGGAGAAACCAACGUUGUCUCUUCUCUCUUACGAUGUAGAUCUUUCCUCUGUUUUGGGAGAUGAGAUGUAUGUCGGAUUCUCUGCUUCCACUGGCUUGCUAGCUAGUUCUCAUUACAUUUUAGGUUGGAACUUUAACAUGAGUGGAGAAGCAGUAUCUCUGUCUUUGCUAUCGCUACCUAAGAUUCCCCAUUCGAUCAAGAAGAAGAAGAAGAAGAGCUCCGGUUUAAUCCUCGGAGUCUCUCUCUCGUGUUCCCUUUUGAUCAUCGCGUUUCUCGUUGGUGCAGUGAUGUUCUGUAUAAAAAAGGCGAAAGAUGAAGACAGAGUUGAAGAUUGGGAGCUUGAUUUCGGUCCGCAUAGAUUCUCUUACAGAGAGCUGAAGAAAGCUACGAAUGGUUUUGCGGACAAGGAGCUUCUCGGAUCUGGCGGAUUCGGGAAAGUAUACAAAGGAAAGCUUCCGGAUUCAGACGAGUUUGUAGCCGUCAAGAGAAUCUCUCACGAGUCGAGACAAGGCGUACGUGAAUUCAUGUCUGAGGUCUCGAGCAUUGGUCAUCUCCGGCAUAGGAAUCUUGUUCAGUUGCUAGGUUGGUGUCGAAGACGAGAGGAUUUGCUUCUCGUCUAUGAUUACAUGCCUAACGGAAGCUUAGACAUGUACUUGUUCGAAGAAAACCCUAAAGUUAUCUUGACUUGGGACCAAAGAUUCAAAAUCAUUAAAGGGGUUGCUUCCGGCUUACUCUACCUACAUGAAGGAUGGGAACAAACUGUUAUCCACCGUGAUAUUAAAGCCGCAAACGUUUUGAUAGACGGCGAAAUGAACGGUCGUGUUGGAGAUUUCGGGCUUGCAAAGCUAUAUGAGCAUGGAUCGAACCCGGGAGCUACAAGAGUGGUUGGUACGUUUGGGUACUUAGCACCAGAACUUACUAAAUCCGGAAAGUUGACCACAAGCACUGAUGUUUACGCGUUUGGGGCGGUUUUGUUGGAAGUAGCUUGCGGAAGAAGGCCCAUCGAAACGAGUGCGUCACCGGAUGAGCUUGUUAUGGUUGAUUGGGUUUGGUCAAGGUGGCAAAGCGGAGAUAUUAGAGGUGUUGUGGAUAGGAGAUUGAAUGGUGAGUUUGAUGAAGAGGAAGUUGUUAUGGUGAUCAAAUUAGGGCUUCUUUGUUCGAACAAUUCGCCUGAGGUUCGACCUACGAUGAGACAAGUGGUUAUGUAUCUUGAAAAGCAGUUUCCGUCGCCGGAAGUUGUUCCUGCUCCGGAUUUUCUUGAUGGGAAUGAUAGUAUGUGUGUUGAUGGUGGAAGCGGUAAUGCGGCGGAGUUUGAGGAUUUUGUGGAUUCGGCUAGGUUUUAUAGUGGACCGAAUGAGACUAAUGCUUCGUCGAUAUUCUCAUUCUCCGCGAGUCGACUCGGCUCCGACGGCGAUUCCGUCACUCCGGCGUCACCAGCCGAUGUUGCCUUUCACUGCGAGAGUAAAAUCCGCGUAGAUUCUCCAACAUCCGAGGCUCUUGUUGUGAAUUCGGGAAAGAUGAGUUUCGUUUUCCGGGGAAGUAGAGGAGAUUUAGAAAGCGGAUUCUCCGGAUUCAUACCCGCCGAGAGACGAGCUAUGCGUGUUCAUGGAGCUCGACCGGUUAAUUCGAAUUCCCUCGCUUUCUUGGUUACUGUUCUUCUGCUGUUCAUGAUUCUCAAUUCGCAUCAGAUGCCUCCUAAUUUCCUGCUGUGGCUUGUGCUUGGGGUGUUUUUGAUGGCAACGACGCUUAGGAUGUAUGCGACUUGCCAACAACUACAAGCUCAGGCUCAAGCUCAUGCCGCUGCAGCAAGUGGCCUCUUCAAUCACACUGAGCUGAGGCUGCAUGUGCCUCCUUCCAUCGCUAUUGCAACGAGAGGUCGUCUUCAAGGACUUAGGCUCCAGCUGGCUCUUCUUGAUCGGGAAUUUGAUGACUUAGAUUAUGAAACUCUAAGGGCGCUUGAUUCCGAUAAUGUUCCUACAACUUCUAUGAGUGAGGAAGAGAUUAAUGCACUUCCAGUACAUAAGUAUAAGGUGUUGGAUCCUGAAACUGGUUGCUCUUUGGCAAAGCAGGCAUCAACCUCAUCCUCAGCUGAGAAGAAGCAAGAUUCUGGGGAUGGAAGUAAGAAAGGAACAGAAGAGGAGCUCACUUGUAGUGUUUGCCUAGAACAAGUUACUGUAGGGGAAAUUGUUCGGACUUUACCUUGCUUGCAUCAGUUUCAUGCAGGCUGUAUCGAUCCGUGGCUUAGACAGCAAGGAACAUGUCCUGUUUGUAAAUUCAGAGCUCAUUCAGGAUGGCAAGAACAAGAUGAGAUUGAUGAUGAUGACGCUUCCGACAUGGUUUGA